AUGGAAGCCUCCAAGCCGUCGACGGCCCUAUUCGAUGUUUUUUUGCGCCUGCGACCGUCGCCCGCAGUUGACCGAGAGCGAUUUCUGGAUGUCGAACCCGCAGUUUACAGCGCGCCAACACACAUCACCAUCAAACCGCCGGUUGGAGAUACCAGAAAGCGAGCAGUUGAGCGGUUCGCAUUCACGCGGGUCUAUGAGGAAGCAAUCGGGCAGAAAGAGAUCUUCCAGACGACGGGAAUUGUGCAGCAGAUCCAGGGCGUGCUGGGCAACAGUGGACGAGAGGGACGGGAUGGAUUGUUGGCGACAUUGGGAGUGACGGGCAGUGGAAAGUCACACACCAUCCUCGGAUCGAAAUCGCAGCGUGGACUCACACAACUAACGCUCGAUGUCCUCUUCGCCCACACCGACGAAUAUCUCGCCGACGUUGACUACAACGACACGGCCUACAACUCCCUCUGUCAGUCCGAUGUCUCGGAAGCAUCUAUCUGCACGGCAUCACUAUUUCUGGACGGCGAUGUGGGCAACACGACAUUCUCCGGCCGCAUGUCGCGAGCCGCCACGCCUGCAAUGACCGACUCAUCUUUCCUAUCCGCCCCAUCCUCGAAACGGUAUCUCCCAAGAGUGUCCACUCUUCCACAAUCUCCCUCGACCAGCGAUAUUUCCAUCAACAUCGACACGGACGCCGAAUACGCUAUUCUUGUUAGCAUGUACGAGGUCUACAACGACCGAAUCUUUGACCUACUCACGCCCUCCAUUGGAGCUGGAAAGGUGAAUCCUCUGAAGAGGAGAGCACUCUUGUUUAAAAGCACCGAAGCCAGUCCUGAUCGCAAGGUUGUGACUGGCUUGAGGAAAGUCGUCUGCUCAACUCUUGAAGAGGCUCUCCUUGUACUUGAGACUGGCCUGCAGGAACGCAAAGUCACAGGCACCGGUAGCAACUCUGCCAGUUCUCGGAGUCACGGCUUCUUCUGUGUUGAAGUGAAGAAGAGGCAUCGAGGUCAUGGCGUUCCUGGAGCAUGGUCGAGCAGUACGAUGACCAUCGUUGACCUUGCUGGCUCCGAACGUGCACGCGCCGCUCAAACAACGGGCAGCACUCUGGCCGAAGCCGGAAAGAUCAACGAGUCCCUCAUGUACUUGGGUCAAUGCAUGCAAAUGCAAUCCGACAAUGCCCACUCCGCAACACCAGCUCUUGUUCCUUUCCGCCAAUGUAAACUCACAGAGCUCCUCUUCUCGAACUCCUUCCCACACCACGGCGGUCACAAUGCAAUUGCCAAGGCGAGUCAAAAAGCCAUCAUGAUCGUCACAGCCGACCCACUUGGAGACUUCAACGCAACCUCUCAGAUCCUACGCUACUCUGCUCUUGCCCGAGAAGUCACAGUACCUCGCAUCCCAUCAGUAAAUUCUACAAUUCUAAGUGCGACACUCCGAGCUACUUCCAGCGGCCGGCCGGUCACACCUUCUGCGAUCCUGGAAGAAUUAGAGGCCAGCUAUGCAGAGGCUGCGCGGCUUAAGGAGCAACUGGAAGUCACUCAACUGCAACUACAAGAGGAGACGCAGAGGCGAGUGGAGGUCGAGGCGAGCUGGACCACAGCUGAGAUGAGACUUGACGAAGUUGAGGGACUGAUCCGAGAAGAAGUCUGCGAGGAGAUGGAGAGGAGGAUGGAUAACGAGAUGAGGAGGUGGAGAGCGAUGCGAGAUGCUGAGCUAGACGCCGCUGAUGAGCAUGUCGAUCGAAAGAUGGAAGUAUUUGCCAAGGGACUGGAUGCCGGUGCCAUACAGAUCUGGGAGGACGACGAUAAGGAGAACCAGAAUGUUUUUGAUGGCGGCAAGCAGACUUCACGAGUUCGAGAACUUGAAGAUGAAAAUGCACGGUUGAGGGAGCAGUUGGCGAGUGCGGAGAGGGAGAAGAUGGGGAUGAGGAGUCCGAGUAAGAAGAUGAGAGUACUGAAGACGAGGAAAUGGGAUGGUGAGGGGUUGGGGGUGAGUUUGGGAGAUGAGUUGUGA